UGUUCUAAAGCAAUGGAGGCUCAAAACCAUGCCACUGAUGAAUCUGUCUCCUCUGGGCCUUGUGUGGAUUUUCAGCUCAACUUCAAGAACAACCCAAGUAACCAUGAUACCACUUCUGCCAAUUCCUCUAAUGUGGGCUUGGGAUUGGAACUGGGAUUGGGAGCAGCUCAUUCAGAUCAAGAUAGCUAUCAUCAAGCCUAUCAAAACAGUAAUCCAGGCCUUGGAAACUUCUCUCCUCUCCAGGAUUUGUCUCUAUCUCUUAACAUGCGUUCCACCGGCACCAGCCCACAUCGCAUCAACAUUACUCACGUUUAUCAGAACUGGGUAAGACGGCAGCAGGCUCACUCCCACAGUCCCAUGCCUUUCAGGCUGCAGUCCAGGACGAAUUCGUUCCAUGAUGAUCAACCCGAAGCACCAAAACUUAGAAAGGUCGAACUUUUUUUUUUUUAAACCAUGAAUUGAACUAUAAUCAAGUUAUCAUCUUUCUGAUCUUCCUUACUCAUAUUUUGUUAGAGAGCUCGAGAUGAUGAUGCUGCUGCUCUAACGCAUUGCACCGUUAGAGAGUCGUCGUCGUCACAGACUUCUCUAUACACCAAGGGUGGAACUGGGAAAUUUGGGAGAAUGAAGAAUCAAUCGGCUCAUGUUUCGUCUUUAAUUGCUGCCAAGAGGAACCCAUCGGAUGGCAGGUUGUUCUUAUUAUACACCUAAUUGGUUGCUUCAAAUUUCUUAUUAUGAUUAACUUUUGGUUCAUUUCUUCAGGCCUACCAACUCUGUUUAUGAUAUCAUGUUUGAAGAAGUUGGUCUACCAAUGGAUCCUCAUCUUCGCCUCUUUUCCCCGCUUUAAUUUUCAUUAUCU